AUGGAGUCCUCCGGCAAGUCAGAUCUCGAGCUCCAGGCCAAAGUUUCUGGAACGGAAUUCGUCAACGAUAAGUCCAAUGCUCUUCAGGUAGACCGCCAAGCUGAGCAUGAACUCACUCUCAAGCAAUGCUUUCGCCAACAUCCAAAGAUCAUUCUCUGGUGCUUCUACUGGUCCAUCGCUGCUAUCGGAUGGGGAUUUGAUGCACAAAUCAACGGCGCCAUGAUCUCCGUCGCCUCCUUCCGCCGUGACUUCGGCUACGUACAAGACGGCCAAGCGAUCCUCCCCGCCGACUGGCAGACAGCCUUCAACACCAUCACCUCCGUAGGUGGUUUCUUUGGUGGAUUUAUCUGCUCCUACAUCUGCGACAAAGUCGGUCGAAAGAACUCCCUCGCCAUGGCCCUCCUCUUAGCGACCGGCGGUACAAUCGGAGAAUGCAUGUCCCACACCAAUGUUGCCUUCCUCAUGUCCAAGCUCGUCCUCGGUCUUGCGUUGGGUUUCUUCCUUACCCUUGCUCCGCUGGCUACGUCUGAGAUCUCACCCGUUGUACUUCGUGGCAUUGCGACUGCAGGUGUCAACCUUGGCAUCGCGAUCGGUCAGCUUGUUUCGAACAGUGUCAUCAAGGCUUUUGGAGAACGAACGGAUCAGUGGGCUUGGAGAGGCGCUCUCGCUACUCAGGGCAUCUUCAUCGUCCUUCUUGCGGCUGGACUGCCUUUCGCGCCCGAGACACCGUGGUAUCUCGUUCGCAAGGGUAAGAUCGAAGAGGCCAAGAAGUCCAUCAUCAAGCUGUACGGUUCAUCUGUCAACGUUGAUGCCAAGCUGGCUACCGUUCAAGAGACUAUUGCUGAGGAGCAAGCGGCUUCUGUUGAACAACCAUCGUGGGCGCAAUGUUUCAAAGGAACAGACCUCAUUCGAACCAUGAUCAGCAUGGGAGUGUUCAUCUGCCAGCACUUUGUCGGAAUCAUCUUUGUUCUUGGCUACUCGACCUACUUCUUCCAACUUGCUGGUCUUGAGGAGUCCCGCAGCUUCGACCUUGGUGUUGGCGUCACAGCAUGUGGUGUUCUUGGUAACAUCUGCAGUUGGUUCGUUGUCAAUUCUUUCGGUCGACGCAAAGUCUUUCUCUCUGGUAUGGGAGGUCUGACUAUCCUCCUGUUCCUCAUUGGCAUCAUGGAUGUGGUUCCUACCGCGGCUGCCAAAUGGGUCCAGGCUGCUUGCACAGUCAUUUACGCCUACGUUUACUUCGCCACCGUUGGUGCCAUGGCUUUUGCAGUGCUGGGUGAGACAGCUUCUUUGGCACUCAAGGCUAAGACCAUGGCUUUGGCUACUGCUACCCAGUCCGUCAUGGGUGUCGCUAUGAACUUUGCUAUCCCAUACAUGGUGAACCCUGAUCAGGGCAACCUCAAGGGCAAAGUUGGCUUUAUAUUUGGUGGACUUGGGCUUCUUGGUUUCGCCUGGAGCUGGAUCUUUGUUCCCGAGCUCAAGGGCCGACGAUACGACGAGAUUGACCACAUGUUUCAUAACAAGGUUAGACCUCGCAAGAUGGGAGAGCACAAGCUGUGA